UUUCCUUUAAGGCCCUGGCUCUGCCUGCACAGGUUUCUUAUCAGCUUGCACCCUGUGGAGCCAGAUAAGCAAGGAUUCCUGCUAGGAGAGGAGGAUUUGGAGCAUUACUGCCACAAUGACAGACAGAAGCCCCUUUGAAACAGACAUGCUCACCCUGACCCGCUAUGUUAUGGAAAAGGGGCGCCAGGCCAAAGGGACGGGGGAGCUAACCCAGCUGCUGAACUCCAUGCUGACGGCCAUCAAAGCUAUCUCCUCAGCUGUGCGCAAGGCCGGCCUGGCCCACCUGUAUGGAAUCGCAGGAAGCGUGAAUGUGACGGGAGAUGAGGUGAAGAAACUGGACGUGUUGUCCAACGCCCUGGUGAUCAACAUGCUCCAGUCUUCCUACAGCACCUGCGUCCUGGUCUCCGAAGAGAAUAAAGAUGCUAUUAUCACAGCACGGGAGAGGAGGGGGAAAUAUGUGGUCUGCUUUGACCCACUGGAUGGAUCCUCCAAUAUCGACUGCUUGGCCUCCAUUGGAACCAUAUUUGCCAUCUAUAGGAAGAACACAGAGGAAGAGCCUUCAGAAAAGGACGCCCUGCAGCCUGGUCGAAAUAUUGUGGCCGCGGGCUACGCACUAUACGGCAGUGCAACCUUAGUGGCGCUUUCCACGGGGCAAGGUGUGGACCUCUUCAUGCUGGACCCGGCUCUCGGUGAAUUUGUGCUGGUGGAAAAAGAUGUCAAGAUUAAGAAGAAAGGAAAGAUUUUCAGCCUCAAUGAGGGCUACGCCAAGUAUUUUGAUGCGGCCACCACUGAAUAUGUGCAGAAGAAAAAAUUCCCUGAGGAUGGCAGUGCUCCCUAUGGGGCCAGGUACGUGGGCUCAAUGGUGGCCGAUGUGCACCGCACCCUGGUCUACGGAGGGAUCUUCUUGUACCCAGCCAACCAGAAGAGCCCCAAGGGCAAGCUCCGGCUCCUGUAUGAGUGCAAUCCUGUGGCCUACAUCAUUGAGCAGGCGGGAGGCAUGGCAACCACAGGCACCCAGCCUGUCCUGGACGUGAAACCCGAGAGUAUUCACCAAAGGGUCCCUCUCAUUUUGGGGUCCCCGGAUGAUGUGCAGGAAUAUCUCACCUGUGUACAAAAAAACCAGACAGGCAGGUAGUGAGUUUAACCCCACAAGCUUUCUUGCCUUUGCCUUGCACCUUUUACUGAGGACCCCUAAAUGCCGAUAAGUAGGGCAGUGGCGAGGAAGAGCCAAGGCAAAGGCACCAGGUCACAUUUAGAAGAGCAGCAACCAACUGUCAAUGAUAGACUCAGAAGCCAGAAGAAAUUAAGUGGUCAAUGUAAAAAUAAAAACUUGCAGCUAAAAAAUUAAAAUCUACACGUGAAAGGAA